AGUAGGAAAGAGGGGGCGGGGUUCCCUUCCAACUCAGCAGGGGAGGAGGGCUGUUGGGCUGGGCUCCCCAGACUGAAACGCGGCUUUCACGUUGGUGGUAGUAACCCCACUGUUAGCAUUGCCGCCCCCUCCAACCCAUCUACCUUCCCCUCUAAUCAGCUGGUAGUCGGUGGUUUUUAACAGUGCACUCGGUACUAGCGUGAGAAGAUGUCUAACGUCAACUGGAAGCCCUUUGUUUUCGGCGGGUUGGCUUCAGUAACGGCGGAAUGUGGAACCUUUCCAAUCGACCUAGCCAAGACGCGCCUUCAGGUACAAGGCCAGGUGGGCGAUAGCAAGUACCGAGAGAUCCGCUACCGAGGCAUGCUGCACGCUAUAAUGAGGAUCGGAAGAGAGGAGGGGCUCCGAGCUCUGUAUUCAGGGAUUGCUCCUGCCAUGCUGCGGCAGGCCUCCUACGGGACCAUAAAAAUUGGCACAUACCAGAGCUUUAAGAGGCUACUGGUUGAAAGGCCAGAGGACGAGACGCUGUUGACUAACGUGUUGUGCGGCAUUCUCUCCGGUGUCAUCUCCUCCUCCAUCGCCAACCCUACUGAUGUGCUUAAGAUCCGCAUGCAAGCUCAGGGAAAUGUGAUCCAGGGCAGUAUGAUGGGCAACUUCAUUAAUAUCUACCAGGAGGAGGGGACCAGAGGACUGUGGAAGGGUGUCUCUCUAACAGCUCAGAGGGCAGCUAUCGUGGUCGGGGUGGAGCUUCCAGUCUACGACCUCACCAAGAAGCAUCUCAUCCUGUCGGGUUACAUGGGGGACACCGUGUACACACACUUCUUGUCCAGCUUUGUGUGCGGCUUGGCGGGGGCUCUGGCAUCAAAUCCAGUGGACGUGGUCCGGACACGCAUGAUGAACCAGAGAGGAGGAGCGCUGUACCAGGGAACAUUAGACUGUCUGCUGCAGACGUGGCGCUCUGAAGGCUUCAUGGCCCUCUACAAGGGUUUCUUCCCCAACUGGCUGCGCCUAGGACCAUGGAACAUCAUCUUCUUCCUCACCUAUGAACAGCUGAAGCAGAUCAGCGUGUGAUCAGCAUAACAACAUGGCGGAGAUGAGUAUGAGCGCACGCUCCAAGAGGAGCUGAGAGGACCAAGGUGACGCGAGCUUGAUGGAACCAGCAGGGGGAAA